AUUACCAUAUUUCAGGUCUAUCAACAUGGCACAAUAGGGACAUUUUUGCGGCAGGAGCUGGAAGGUGGUUUUUCGAGCUUCAUUCGAUGUGUCUACAAAGCGAAACGAGUCAACAAUAACACUGUUACCUUAGUAUGCGAACGCGACCAAGGCUGUUGUGAGCAUGGAUGUUGCCCGAAGGACCAGCAUUGGAUGGCCGGUGUCUAUGUACUUUUGGCUUUUGUACUACUGGUAUUCGUCGUGGGUACUGUACUGAUGAUCGUGUGCUAUCAACGAUCCAAAAACAAACAACGAAAAGAACUACGAGAAGCUACCGAAUAUAACGGUUAUGCUGGUUCUCAGGUGAUUGGUGCCUAUUCGUCAUAUGGUGGACCUGCCUAUUGA